GUGUGUUUUACUACGUCGUGCGUCGUUUACGUUCAACAAGCGCGUAAUCGGUACGAGAAUUACUUUGAAUUCGCGUACCCUUUAGGGUUGUUAUAAGUGCUAAAACCAGUAGGUGCUCUCGAUGUGACCCGUCAAACCCGUGUCUUGUGCUUGUGAUCCGUGCGGCGCGGCACCCUGCGCCAUCUUAUGAUCUUUGUCGAACGAUUUGUCAAAAACUCCCAUCGCAACCAAGCAACCAGCGACAUUUUAUGUUCUUCACCAACGCGUUUCGUUGGACUUUGCACAAAGAAUUACUUCUUCGCGAAACAGUGUGUAGUGCGCUAGUUUGAGCUAGUUGUCCACCAAAAUGCAUUCAUCCCGAGGGCCUGCAAUGAAUACCGUUUCGAUUGGUACCGAUUCCAGUAGUGGGCAGCCCUUGGCAGGCAAAAAAGAUUACUGUGACAGUGCCAACACGGACUCCGGUUUCCUGUCCGGAGCUAACCUCCACACGUCGGAAAGCCUGUACUCCACCGAGAGUCUCCCGCCUCAGUCCGGCGCUAAUCAGAGCGGUGCAUCUGUUGCUACCGCUCCGUCGUCCGCCAUCGACGAGAAGGAGGCGGCAGCAGCCGACGACGAACAGGACUCGGGGAUGCUGCCGGACGCGGAGCCCAGUUCGCAGGAGUGCGAUAUCAUGGACAUUUGCCAACGUCUCGAUCGAUUGAUGAAACGCGAAGGAUUGCCAUGGUACCAGCAAAACGAAAUGGGAGACACUUCGCUCCAUCUGGCAGUUUAUGAGGAAAACGACGAGUUGGUUCGGAAGCUGACGGCCACUGUUCCGCGGCAGUUUCUGAACAUCCAAAACGAUGCCGGCCGGACGGCCCUACACUGGGCGGUGCUGCUGGAUCAACCGAGAAUCGUCCGGCGUUUGGUGACUGCGGGCGCCUGCCUUACAACGCGCGAUCCGUACGGCAACACGGCGCUGCACCUGGCCUGUGGCCAAGCGAAUGUACGCUGUGCGAAGGAACUGCUGGCGCCCCCGAGUGCGGUCGAGCUGCAGGAAAACAAUCUAGUCGUUGUAAAAGUUCCCCAGGAUCUGGAACAGUGGAACUACGAUGGAAAGACCUGCGUGCAUCUGGCCGCUGAAGUGGGCAGCAUACCGGUUCUACGGUGUUUAAUCAACGCAGGAGCGAACAUUAACGCCAGGGAAGGAAAAGCAGGACGCUGUCCGCUACACAUCAGCAUCGACCGAGGGAACGAAGAGCUGGCCAACUUUCUGCUGGACGAGUGUCCUCGAGUUUCGCUCGAACUGGAAACGUACGCCGGGCUCACGGCGUAUCAGCUGGCGGUGCUGCAGAAUAAGCGAGUCCUUGCGGAGGGUUUGACCAUGCGGGGCGCCAGCAACGUUUCGCCACCGGAAAGUGACAUUGAAUCUGACUCCGAAGACGAACUGAUGAUCAGUAACUACGAUGGAACGAAUGUUUUUUCUGCCACUUUCCCCGGAUUGUCGACCAUAAAUGUGUCGUAAGCUCAGCCGAACGCCGAACCCGGGGGCCACAUUGGGGAAGCAUUAUUUCCAUCAAAAGAGCCAUAGGGACAGGAAGCUUGUUUGUAGUUUUCAUGCUUCCGGGCGUAUCAAGUAAGGAGACAUAGAACGAAAAACAAUUAAUUGAAACGGCCACAAUCCGCAGAUCUAACAAUCUGUUGUCAUCCAGAACGAAACGAUUCAUCAAGGGACCAUUUCUAGCGCUAGAGCCCCCCCACACUUGAGCAAGUAGUGUAUGCCAUUCGAAAGUCACAACUUUUCGGAGAAUCGCGCUUUGCACAACGAUCGAGUAUUUCCCCCCUAUUGUGCAGAGAGGGUUAAAUCUGUAUACGCGUACCCGUGUAGAUUAUAUGCGUGUGCGUAUCACAAGUGCCUUACGUGUUAGAUGCGGAUCCCCAUUUGUAUACCAUUUACCGUCGAAAAAGGCGGAUACAACCGAAUACCAACACCCGAGAAGAGUUCGUUGUGGAUAAUAUAAGUUUGUAAAAACAGAGAAACAACAUCCCAAAAAUCGCAGGGUUAUCGUUUUUAUCAUCCUUCAUCCCGUUUCGCUUAUCGCUCUGUGAACACAGCAACAGAGCGGCCACAACGGUCGCCACUCGUUGCCUCGUUCGCGCCAUACUCGCGUAAUGUAAAAGUUGUUUGUAAAAAUGCAAAAGAAAUACUAUAAACGCCCUUUCGAAAACCAGCACACAUCACGCUAUGGUGAAGCACCCCUCUGGCGGCGGCCUCUGGUGGCAUUAGAGGAAGCUUAAUCUGAACCACCUUUCGUUGAGAAAGCGAGAUAAUAUACAUAUUAACAAAUAUUUAAUUUAUGUAAUUCAAUUAACUACCCGUAAGCGUACUGUAAAUGUAACGAUGGUGAAAUAGAAAAGAAACAAAAUAAAGAAUUA